AUAAAUAUUUAUUUUGAAUUAAUUAAAUUUUUAGAUCGGCCUGAUUGGUUUGGUUUAAUGAAAGUUUUAAACGAAAAUGAAGCGAGCGAUGUAGAAAUGUUAACUUAUGGCAUGACUGUUAUCAAUAAAACAUUAAAUGGAAUCUCUGAUCAGGACACUUAUUAUGAUAUAGUCGAUGCAUUGGAAUCGCAAGGCUUAGAAGAUGCCAUGAAAAAAAUGAUGAGUUUGGGUAAUAAAGAAUUAAUGGAUCAAUGUAAAUUAUAUGAGAGAGUAUUGAAAUUGGAGGAUGAAGCUGAUAGUAAUGAUGAUUCCAGUAUUAUUUUCAGGAAUCAGCCAGUUAUAUCAAAUUAUUCUAACGACCGACGAGCAUUUAUUCGACGACGCCAUCAAGAAUCGCUUAUUCGUCAGCAAGAACAUCAAAAUUUUCAUAAGAAUCAUGCACUUAAUAUUAAUGCUAACAAGACUGAAACUUCUUUAAACAACAAUAUUGAAGAGCAAAAAAUCGUUCCACCUUGGAGGAAGAAAACGAACGAAGUUGCUGCUGAGCCUGAGUUCCACAUAAAACCUUCGUUUUUUUCAACUAUUAGAUUAAAUUUUCAGGUACAAAAAAUAAAACCGAUUGAAAGUGCUAUUGAUACUGCAAAUUCAAAUACACCAAAGCGUAUUAAAAUGGUGAAUGAUGAUGUGAAUGAGAAUAAUGAAAAUGUUGAACCUGAAAAACCCGUUCGUGCACCACCUCCUUCAUUUCCAACAACACUGUUUUCUCCAACAGAAAAUAAAAAAAUGGAGUUCCCUGAAGUAAAACAGGAGCCACAGCCGCAAGAAGCUCCACGUAAACCUGUUACAAAAGCAAAGGAAGAUGAUGGCGGUGGUGGAAGUGCGUUUGCAGCACAACUUAGGAGACGUGCUGCAAAACGUGAACAAAAUGCUGCAUCUUAUGAGCCAAAGCAAAGUGAAGCAGAAAUUCAGUGGAAAAAAGCUGCUGAAAGCUUCAAAUCGAAGCCACUAAUCAUAAAUGAUCUGGAUUUUUCGGAAUUUCAUAAGGAUGAAUUUGAACAAGAUCCACUUGUCAUGGCAAGAUUGGCAAUGAUAGCUCAGGAAAAAGGUCUUUUGCCGAUGUCAGGAUCGGCUUUAAAAUCUUCAUCUGUUGGAGGCAAUGUCCCACCUGCUCCACCACUAUUACCAGGUGGUGGCCCUCCUGCACCUCCACCUUUACCCGGCUCUGGCGCGCCUCCACCACCACCUUUUCUAGGCGCUAAGCCUAAUCGAGAUUCAAGCCCAGCACCACAAUCGAAAACAAGUACCUUAAAACUUCACUGGAAGCCUGCUCAAGAUGAACCUCCUCCUGUGCCUUCUUUAAAAAAUAAAGGAACAUUUUGGCAUCAAAUUGAUUUGCCACAAAUCGACACGAAAAAAUUAGCACAAUUAUUUGAACAAAAAACGAAAGAAAUCCAACCAAAGAAAUUGAACGGUGAACAAAAAUCUCAAAUUUUGCAAGUACUUUCCCUUAAACGAUCGCAAGCGAUUAAUAUUGGCCUUACGAAAUUACCGCCUAUCACUGUUAUUCCAACCGCUAUAAUGAAAUUUGAUUCACUCGUAUUGAAUAAAGAAGGUAUUGAAAAAAUUUUAACAACAAUGAUGCCAAGUGCAGCGGAAAUUGAAGCUAUUGAAAUGAAAGUUGCUGAAAAUCCGGAUAUGAUAUUAGGCCAGGCUGAGCAAUUUUUAUUAAAAUUAUCGCAAAUACCUUGUCUCCUCGAACGACUCAAACUUUGGGCUUUUACACUCGAUUAUAAAAACUGUGAAAAGGAUAUAGCUGAACCUCUAAUGGAUUUACAAUUAGCAAUGAAAGAAAUCGAGGAAUCAAAAACUUUUCGUACCGCUAUGGCAAUGUUACUAAUUAUUGGAAAUACUUUGAAUGGCACAAAUAUAAGAGGAUUCCAAUUGGAUUAUAUAUCUAAAGCAUCUGAAGUAAAAGAUCCAGUUUAUAAGCAUACUUUAACAUAUCACUUGGCCGAAUAUAUGAUUGAACAUUGUCCUGAUGGUACCGACUUAUAUUCGGAAUUUGGAGCUGUAGCGAGGAGUGCACGAGUUGAUUACGAUGAGCUAAUAGCAAAUUUGGAGAAAAUGGAACAAGAUUGUAAGGCUUCUUGGGAAUAUUUGGCAAAAAUCACUGAUAAACGUGAACGAAAUAAAACUCGUGGUAAAAUAUGGGCAUUGGAUGGUCAAGAAGUUAAAGAAGGUGAACCAACGCCAACAAGAAGACGGCAACCAGUUCAAAUGAAUGCUGAAGAAAGGCACGAGAUGAUGUCGCGAAUGCUUGCCGGCGGUGAGGAUACAUUAAAAAGGAAUCGAGGACGUCCAACUCCGGAUCGAACAUCAUCUCCAAAUUUUAUUGCCGCACAACGAGAAAUGCUUCGCUCGGUUGGACAAACAAAUUCAACUAGUCCGGGUGCAGAUUCACCUGACGAUGAGAUUCUUGAUGGUCUUGUAAAAGCCGCAACUGUACAAAGUGAACCACGCGAUCAUAGAAGACGUGCUCGCCAAUUCAAUCGAAAAUCACUUCGACGAACGCGAACGUUGAAAUUAGUCGACGAUCAGUCUUAA